GCAAGUGCGCCGAGUCGUUUCGUGGUGUCGUGCUGAUGCCGACGCGCCAAUCGUCUCGGAUAAACGCGUCGUGCUCAUCGUCUUUUAGCUUAUGUCUAUUUUUUUUUUUUUUGAAAUUUAUCUCGCGACCCAAGUAACGGCACGCGGCGUCAACUCAGCGGUGGCAGCCACAUCGAGACAAAAAACUAAGAAUCGCCAGUGCGAAGAAGCCAAGCGGCAUUCAGUUUUUGCGUGGUCGUAGUGAGUAGUUGCGGUGGUGUGUGUGUGUGUGUUCAAGCGCGGCCCGAGGGUGUUGUGGAAAAAGCCUGAUCGGUGUGGGUGCCUCUGAUUUUCGUAACGGCAUCGGGCGUGGAGUCAGCGAUGUACGCAGACAUGGACCACAAGCGCGGACCGUUUCUCGAUCACUGACGAAAACUUCCGAUCCCUUUCCGGUGAGAAAGUUUUCGUUGCCUCGCUAUGAUGCAGACAUCGAGUCAACAUGAGGAACUCAAAGCAAUGGCAUACACGCCUUUCGAUGCGCAACUGGUAGGCGACACGGCUGCGAGUUUGGACGAUAUCGUCGGCAACUCGGCCGAGAAGAAGCAAUCCGACGUCGACGCCGGCAUGACGCUGGACGACAUGCUCUUGCAACAGCAGCAGCAUCACCAACAGCAGCAGCAGCAGCAGCCCAAAAAGGUGCCGCCUCCGAACGGCAAGAAAACCAAGGGACGCGUCAAAAUCAAGAUGGAAUUCAUCGACAACAAGCUGCGCCGGUACACGACGUUCAGCAAGCGGAAGACGGGUAUCAUGAAGAAGGCGUACGAACUGUCCACGCUGACAGGCACCCAGGUGAUGUUGCUGGUUGCGUCAGAGACGGGCCACGUGUACACGUUUGCCACGCGUAAGCUACAGCCCAUGAUCACGUCCGACGCCGGCAAGGCCUUAAUCCAGACGUGCCUCAACUCACCCGACCCGCCCCAGGGAACAACGGGUCCACCGGGUCCGGGACCGGACCAGCGUAUGAGUGCCACGGGCUUUGAGGAGACGGACCUCACCUAUAGCGUCACGGAGGACAGCGAGAACAAGGAUUCAAAGGCCCUGUUCAACAGCCUCCUCAGUGGUUGCCAGGACGACAGUGACAGUGAUGGUUCCAGCCCGGACUCGCCGCCGUCCCCAAACAAGGGUGUGACCACAAAUGGGUCGCCAUCGCCAGCACUCAACUCGGUACUUAAUUCAGGUUCUGUGGUGUCCUCGGCGAGCAGCGUCACCAACCCUGCCGACCUUGCACCUAUCUACCGCAUAGGCGGGCAGCCCGUCGUAUCACUAGCAGGUGCCGUCGCCGGAGGUUCGUCGGGUAGCAGCUGCAGCCCAGCCACGGUCACCGUGUUGCCCGGUUCCCAGUCGUCCCUGGGAACCCUCAUGUACCAGACGCCGCAGGGGCUGCUGUACGCUGCCCCGCCCGGUGGCUCCUUGCCCGAAGCACUGCUGCUGAACCUUAGCCAGCCAGUCUCCCUCAAGACAGAUGGAGACUGCCCCACGCAGCAGUACAUCACAAUCCCAGUCCCUGUGUCAAUGGCACAGCAACAGGCUGGUGCAACAUCAUCAAGCUCAUCAUCCAAGAGAGAACGAACGGGCAAAUAGCCCGGAAGAUUCGACGUUAAUAAAGAGAGCGCGAUUAUAGGUGUGCCGUCGUGAUUACGGCAAUGGCUUCUUCUUGGUCUACACGACGUACAGGAUCGAAAAGCCAGCCUUGCACUAGCAGUGCCAUCAUGACAGUACCUGAGAAGGCAGAACAGCCGGCCAAAACCCUUUUUGCAUUCGAUCAUUACUAUGACGACUGUGGAGUCUAUUUUGAAUGCCCACUCUGGUCAUUCGACUGCAGUGGCAAUAAAGCUUUUAUGACACGUCA